AUGGCGGCAGAGUUUCCAGCCCGGAAACCUGUGAGAAUGGCGGUCACAGCAACAAAACACCCUGCUUGGAACCAGAACCGUGCCAGUACUUUGGUGACCCCCUCAAUGGACUCUGAGCUUUGCAGGCACCAAUCUUUCAACAUGAAUAGGAAUACUGAGCACCAGAUGAUUAAGACCCCCUAUUGGAGAGAGAACCAGUACCCAACUGAAGAUAUGGAGAUCCUGAUGCAUGUCAAGGAUGAUAUCAUCACAUUUGUGGGAAAGGUGAAAGAAAAAGUCAACAAGGAAAAAGAGUCAAAGGUAUGGCUCCCAGCCCCCCAGUACAUAGACUACUUCCAGAAGAUCAAGUAUGCCUUCAACCUCUUGGGGAAGAUAAGCAGCUGCCUGGAAGAGUCAAUUGUCCGAGAAUUAGUCUUCAACCUCUUUCAGUCUCUGGAAUAUGUCAUUUAUUAUUGCCCUAACUACAAAACCCUACCAAGACUGGUAAACUGUCCUCUGCUGACAGACAAGGCCAUAAAACUGAUGAAUACGAAUCUGGAAGAAAACCACAUUAAUUAUUGGAAGGAACUUGGAACUGCUUGGACUGCAACACGGGAUUCUUGGCCAAAAGACGAACUGGUACCUCCAGCCUAUAUACCCACUUUUUAUGAUGGCUGGCAGCUCCCCGAAGUCACCCAUCUUGAGUCAGUCAAGACAGAUGCUAAGGACCAAGUGGAGCAGCGGAUUGGAGGGCCUCAGUCAUCCCACCUCCUUUUCCCACGUGUGGCCAAACCAUACCUUCCUUUCCUGUGUACACCUUCCCAUCCCCUUUGACUCAUCACGCCAUGAAAUCAAAUGGAGCACCUUCACCAUUCUGGUUAAGGUGAGAGAUGACAGUCUUCAUUCUUGCCUCUUACUAAAGCCCAGAGCCAUUUCUCAAUCCUACAUAUUUAUCUUUUCUUCUCACCUGUGUCCAACUCCCAAAUCCUGAGCCUUUGUUGGGCUUCUUCCCUGACCUCAC